GGAAGUAUUCGGCAGACGAGUAACAGUGGUUGAUACUCCAGGCUGGUGUUGGAUUUAUUCAAGAGAAGAAACUCCCAAACUGGAUCAAAUAGAAAUCCAGAGGAGCAUCUAUCUGUGUCCACCAGGACCUCAUGUCUUUCUUCUUGUCAUUCCGUGAUGAAACCAUAGAAUCAAAAAUCAGAGAAAGCCAAGUUUUGCAGUGGAUCCUUCAGCAAUGUGGAAACAGAAGACAUGUCCUCAACAUCAGCAAAAGAGAAGAUAGAGAUCAAGUAGAGAUGCUUUUAGAGAAAAUUGAGGCAAUAAUUGAACAAAACAUGGGCAGACACUGUUCUGUUGAUGAAUAUCAUGGAAAUGCUCUGAGAGAGAGACUGAAAGAUUUCGUUCAAAAAGCCUCAAAAAGGUUUGAUGAAGUUCAGAAACAAAGAAGAAACCUGAGGCUACUGAUUGAAGGUGGAAAAGGCCCUCCUAGCCAUUUGAGAAUAUUGAUGAUUGGUGAAUCCUUUGCCGGCAAGAGCUCAACAGGAAACACUAUUCUAGGAAAAAAUGCAUUUGGUGUUAAUGAAAGAGUUGGAAGAUUGACAACACGCAGUGAAAUAAGGCACAAUUUGGUUGAAAAACAGGUCCUCAGAGUGGUUGAUUCUCCUGGAUGGCUUGACAUCCACACCCUUCAGGACACAAGUGAAAUAGACAAACUAGAAAUAGAGAACAGUGUGAAUCUGUGUUUUCCAGGACCACAUGCUGUGCUGCUGCUUAUUCCUCCAAUAAUCAACUUUGAUUCAUCAUAUCUGAGAUCUGUGCAGGAACACAUGGGGCUGUUUAGAGAAGAAAUCUGGAGACACACACUUGUCCUGUUUACUGUUGGCGACUGGUUAGGAGUGAAGACUAUGGAGCAGUAUAUAGAGAGUGAUGAAGGUCUGCAGUGGUUGGUGAACAAGUGUGGGAAUCGGUAUCAUGUGCUGAACAACAAGGACCAUAGUGAUAAGAUGCAGGUAAAGGAGCUCAUUGAGAAGAUUGAAGAGAUGUGGGCAGGAAAUGAAACUCCUCAUUACGAAGUGGACCUGCACCAGGCAUCACAGAUAGAUGCCAAAAUUAAGGCUGGAGACAAAAAAGCCAAACAGUUGAUGAGGAUUAAUGAUACACAGUCAAGAAUUCUGAAAGAGAUUUAUGAAACUGAGAGAGAUCCACUGACUGACAUCAGGAUUGUUCUGGUUGGACAGAAAUGUUCAGGAAAGAGUAAUGCAGGAAAUCUGAUCCUUUUCAAGGAGGAAUUCAAUAGAACCUCUGUGAGAACUUGGUUGGAAAAGAACUAUGAAGAUCAGAGAACAUAUGCAGCAUGUGUGAAACAUGAAGGAGACUUUCAUGGAGUAAAUGUCUCAGUGGUUGAAACACCAGGCUGGUUCGCUGACCCUGCACCACCUGACUGGAUUAAGGAGGAAGUUCUCCGCAGUGUCUCCAUGUGUUCUCCUGGACCUCAUGUUUUUCUCUUGGUUGUUCCAGUCUCCAGAGCUUUCACCCAGAAAGAUCUCAUAGCUCUGGUGGAGGUCCUAAAGCCAUUAACAGAGAGAGUUUGGAGACACUGCAUGGUGCUGUUUACCUGGGGCAAUUGGCUCAAUGGCCUCCCUGUAGAGCGCUACAUUGCCAGUGAGGGCAAAGAGCUCCAGGAGCUUCUGGAGAAGUGUGGGAACAGAUUCCACAUACUCAAAAGUUUUUAUUUUGAUCCCAUUCAAGUCAAAGAACUGUUCGAAAAAAUCAUCAGUAUGGUAAAACAAAACAAAGGAUGCUUCACAACUGAAGUAAAAAGGAGGACAUUUCAGUUUCUACCUUGGCAAGCAAAACAACGCAUGUUGACAGAAGAGGAGUGGAACAGACGGGAGCAGGACCUGAUUCACAAAAUGACAAAAGCUUUAGCAAAGGAACCAGAGGAACAAACAGAGCCAUCUAUGGAGAUGGCAGAAAGCAAGGAUGGAAGAGCUAUUCCAGACAUGAGUGGAGAUGAUGCCUUAGAAUCUGGGAGCUUUUCAGAGAUUAAUCAUCUAAAAAGUUAUAACAUUGUUGCUGACUGGCUAUCACACACACUGAGACAGUCUGAGACCAGCUCUGGGAUUGGCAGCAUGUCUUCCUCAGUCAGUUAUAUGGAUAAAUCUAAUGAAGAUCUUCAAUAGAUAAAAUUUCUGCAAAGAUGAGUUAAUUCUCACUAGAGAAUAAAGACAAUCCUCUAAACAUGUUCUCCAAUCCUUCAACGAUACACAGGAACUUUCAGAAGCUGCAGUAGAAAAAAAGGAUGGAAGCUAGAGUACCACAAAGGAUGCAUUAUAAAGAUAUAUUCGCUUGGUGGUACACAACACCCGUGUUGAUACAAACACCUGCCCUUGUUCUCACUAAGACCAAGAAAGUAGAGCACAUCACCCCAGUUUUAAAGUCUUUACACUGGCUCUCUGUAUCUCAGAGAAUAGACUUUAAAAUACUUCUGUUAGUCUAUAAAUCUGUGAAUGGCUUAGCACCUAAAUACAUCACAGA